AUGUCAAGUCAGGCCUUUCUUGACUCAUUUCCUCAGACUCCUCGGACAUUUGGCCGAAUGUCUUACCAAUCAGGCUCUUUUCCUAUGGAUCAGACUAUAAAAGGAACUUUUGACGCCCUCGACGACAUUCAGUUCGACCUGCAACCAUUCACUGUACAAGAAGCUAUCCGGGAGGAUUCGGAGACCCUAGAAAGACCAAGAUUCUCAUGGGAAACGUCAUCAGCCUCCUCAUAUCACCCAAACUCCAAUGAAUCGUUUGACAGCGACGAAAGGUCACAGCUUUAUAUCUGUUCUCCUUCUUCCGUCAUUUCAAAGUCCCAUCAACAUAUCCAAUCAAUCUUGCCAGAAGAUAUCACUGGUACCUUUGUGAACAAUUGCGAGAGCCUCAAUCAACAGGUACACAGGUGGCUCUCGGAGCUCCCUGAUAUCCCAUGGCUGGACGCCCUACACGAAAUCACCGAAGACAAAAUCCCCUCAGAAGCAGAUAUUCAACAUCAAGGGGAGCAUAUACCUGGAACCAAGGGUAUUCUACAUUAUCUUGACUUUUUAAACUCAUGCUAUGAUGGUAGCCAACCUACACGUAUAGAAGCUGAAGAGUAUCAGGUAAUGGAUGAAGGUCCAGUCUAUGAAAAGCCUGAAAUUCAUGCCGCGAUGGACCCGAGAACAACCCUUGAUGCAUACCAUCUAGCCCUGUUGCAGAUCCACUCGUCUUCCGCUUUCACUACAACGACUGCCUGGAAAUUUCGGCCAUCGAUGCGACGACAGUACCCCAGGGGCCUGGAGGAGGAAGCCCGUCGAAGCAUUAGUCUGAACCAAGCCACCAUCCAGAACUUCUUUAGCAGGGAAAGUCUAGCCAAUCAUCUGCCAUUACUUACUGAAGCUCUUUCGUCCGUGCCAAAUGACGAAUGGCUUCGUGUCCCCGGCAAGGAUUCCCCUGCCAAAGCCGACGAGAUCGUCCGGAGACGACGGCUGAGUAUUCAAUAUACUUUAUAUAUCGUGUUUCACGGGUGUAACCGGAAGCGAAUGCGACACUACCCCGGAUUCCCUCUUUGA